GUAUGAAGGUCAGUCGAAUAGCUCGCAGUCUGUGUGAAGCCGUCAGUCAGUGUUGUGCUCGCAAUUUGCAUUUUUGCUCACGUUGAUUUUGUAAAAUCCGCAAAAAUAAAACGAAUAUUUAGAAUGGCUGGAAAAUAUAAGAUUGUGAUGGUUCGUCACGGCGAAUCGGAAUGGAACCAAAAGAAUUUGUUCUGCGGCUGGUUCGAUGCCAACUUGAGCGACAAAGGCAAAGAAGAAGCAUUGGCCGCUGGCAAAGCCAUCAAAGAGGCUGGUUUGAAAUUCGAUGUGGCCCAUACAUCGUUGUUGACCCGUGCCCAAAACACGUUGGCCUCAAUUUUGGAGCAAUCCGGCCAAACGGGAAUCCCAAUCAGCAAAACUUGGCGCUUGAACGAACGUCACUACGGUGGUUUGACCGGAUUGAACAAAUCCGAGACGGCCGCAAAAUACGGUGAAGAACAAGUGCAAAUUUGGCGCCGUAGUUUUGACAUUCCACCACCACCAAUGGAAGCCGAUCAUCCAUACAAUGAUGCCAUCACCAAGGAUCCACGUUACGCUGGUGAUCCAAAACCAGAAGAAUUCCCCAAAUUCGAAUCACUCAAAUUGACCAUUGCUCGUACACUUCCAUACUGGAACGAUGUCAUCGUACCACAAUUGAAAGACGGCAAGAAAAUCAUUAUCGCUGCUCACGGUAACAGCUUGCGCGGUAUCGUCAAGCAUUUGGACAAUUUGUCCGAUGAAGCUAUUAUGGGAUUGAAUCUACCAACUGGCAUUCCAUUCGUCUACGAAUUGGACGAAAACUUAAAGCCCGUUGUGUCAAUGCAAUUCUUAGGCGACGAAGAAACCGUUCGCAAAGCCAUCGAAAGCGUUGCUGCUCAAGGCAAAGCCAAGUAGAGCAACAAAUCUAAUCAACAACAUCCAAUUUGGUUCAUUAUCAAAUUGCCGCUUCAAGCAACCCAAAACAAAAAAAAUGUUACAUUAUUUAUCAUUCUGUAAGAAUAAGAGUAUUUAUCAAUAAAAAAAUGUGUCAUUUAUUCACAACCAAAA